AUGGCCAGCAACAUUUUUGUGAACGAAUUCAACGACGAGCCGUCGCUGCCUGCGGGCUGGUUGCGCAUCAAGUCGCGCACAACAGGAGAGGUCUACUUCUUCAACAAGAUCACGCAGCAAUCCCAGUUUGAAAUGCCGGAGGUGCCCGUCCCGAAGAAAGUCGAGAAAGAGGCACCGCCUUCGAAGCCUGCACCGAACAGAGGCCCGGCUCCCGUGGAGAGCAAGAAGAUGGAGUCGCUUCCUGCUGGGUGGACUCAGCACAUCUCCAAGCGGAAUGGGAAAGUCUACUACUUUCACAAGGCUACGAACAUCUCGCAGUACUACCGUCCGAAGGCCUGA